AUGGGUGCCUGGAACAACUUUGUCGAUGGCUUCAAGCCUGAUGUCACCGACGAGAGCGCCUCGGACUCAGCUCCUGCCUACGCCGAGAAGGACUCCAAGGACUACGAGUCCAACGCUGUUGCCGGUUUCAAGGACCCCAACACGGAGGGCGGCCUGAAGCGCCGCCUGACCGGUCGUCAUGUUCAGUUCAUCGCUCUCGGUGGUUCAAUCGGUACUGGUCUCUUCAUCGGUUCUGGUGGAGCUCUCGCCACAGGUGGUCCCGGUUUCUUGAUGAUCGAUUUCAUCCUUAUCGGUGUCAUGCUUCUCAUGGUCGUCAUGGCCCUCGGCGAGAUGGGUGCCAUCUUCCCCGUCGCCGGUUCCUUCGCUGCUUACUCCACUCGCUUCAUCGACCCUGCCGUUGGUUUCGCCAUGGCUUACAACUACUGGCUCCAGUGGCUCAUCGUUCUUCCUCUCGAACUCGUCGCCGCCUCGAUCGUCAUCACGUACUGGGAUCCCAGCGAGGUCGUACCCAGAGGUGUUUGGGUCGCUCUCUUCCUUAUCAUCAUCACCAUCAUCAACUUAUUCGGUGUCCGUGGCUACGGUGAAUUCGAGUUCUUCGGCUCGCUCAUCAAGGUGCUCGCCGUCAUCGGAUUCAUCAUUGCGGGUGUCGUCAUCAACGUCGGCGGUGGUCCCGACGGCAAGUACUACGGUACCGAGACGUGGCGCGACCCUGGUGCAUUCAACAACGGAUUCAAGGGCUUCUCUUCCGUGUUUGUUACCGCCGCUUUCGCUUUCGCAGGAACCGAGCUCAUCGGACUCGCCGCUGCCGAGACGGCCAAUGCGCGCAAGGAAAUCCCCAAGGCCGCCAAGCAAAUCUUCAUGCGCGUCACCAUCUUCUACGUCGUCUCGCUUCUCAUCGUCUCUUUCCUCGUCCGCAGCGACAACGACCGUCUUGGAAGCGGUGCCUACGAUGCCAGGGCUUCGCCUUUUGUGAUUGCUUUCAACCAGGCAGGCGUCAAGGUGCUUCCAAGCAUCAUGAACGCCGUUAUUUUGGUCUCGGUGCUGUCGGUAGGAAACUCUGCCGUCUACGCCGCUUCGCGAACGCUCCAGGCAAUGGCUUCCAUCGGACAGGCUCCCGGCUUCUUCACCUACAUUGACAGGCAGGGUCGACCUCUUCCUGCAGUCGGGCUCUCGCUCAUUUUCGGUCUGCUCGGUUUCCUCAUCUACGCUGGUGAGAACGCUCGCAACUUGACUUUCAACUGGCUUCUUGCCAUCUCGGGUCUCUCGACCAUCAUCAGCUGGCUCUGCAUCUGCAUCUCCCACGCCCGCUUCCGCCAGGCAUGGGCGCGUGCCGGCCACACGCUCGAGGAGCUGCCUUGGAAGUCGCCCUUCGGCAUCUGGGGUUCGCUCUACGGUGCCGGCUUCAACGUGCUGGUCAUCAUCUUUACCUUCUACGUUUCCGCCUUCCCGAUCGGUGAAGGUGGGAUGUCUGCCACAGACCGCGUCAACGCCUUCUUCCAGGGUUUCAUCUCGGUCCCCAUCGUCGUCCUUGUCUUCUACCUGCCUUACAAGUUCAUCAAGCGCUCCAAGUAUGUCAACAUUGAAGACAUUGACAUCAGCACUGGUCGCCGUGACCCUGUCCCCGUCGAGGUCCUCCGCCGCGAGCGCGAGGAGGCCGCUGCCCAGCCUAUCUACAAGAAGGUUUGGAACUUCUUUUUCUAA